AUGGUAAUUGCAUAUUUUACACCAGUUACUGGAGCAUCGGGUGGUGCCAUAUUAGGAGUGGCCUGUGGUAUCCUCCUUCUCUACUGUGGAGAAGUCUUGGGCGCGAGCAGCAUUGUGUCAUCUAUAGGCCUUCACCCACGCAAAGCAAUGACCGAGCCUGGUUCGACAUGGAAGCUCUGCCUCGUGUCUGCAUUCAUGUUAAUUGGAAACACUGUCUUGGCAAGAUACUUCACAACUGAUUAUAGACUCAUCCAGGACCCCAGCAUACCAAUCGUCAGCAACAUCGGGUAUUUGAUUGGUGGUUUUUUGGUCGGGUUUGGUACUCGGUUGAGUAAUGGAUGCACGACCGGUCACGGGUUCUGUGGUAUGGCACGGUUAAGCAAGCGAUCCAUUGUAGCUGUCGUCGCUUUCAUGGUUGCUGGUGUAGCAACGGCCAGCCUUCUGGACCCAAAAAACAGUUUUGCAAGCGCCACUUCGUUCUUGAGAACCGACAAGGCACCAGAGCUUUUCAACCAAUGGGUUGGGCUUGCUGUGACUCUGCCAAUGGUUCUGGGAACAGUAUACGCAUUGCACAAUUUGCGAAAGUCAUAUCAAGGCCUGGUUCAUGAAGACAAUGAUGCAAGUUCAACUAGGGCUUCUGAUGAUCCCAAUGAAGACAAUGGUGCUGCCGUGAAGAAUGCACCUGAUCUCGAAGGGGGCCAGACAGAUCAAUCCGAGCAAAGAAUCGUGAUCUUGGAUGGAGUCAAGAAAUUGAAACCUGCGGCCGUGGCAGGUAUGAUAUUUUCAAGUGCCCUUGCAAUUGGUGGAGUGGUAUUGCCAUCGAAAAUUUCGGGAUGUCUGAACGUGCUUCUCAUUGCCAAGGGUACCUGGGAUCCCACGCUCAUGGCACUCAUGAUGGGAGGACUCUCCGUGAGUUGGAUCUCCUAUCAGUUUGUAUCUGGCAUUGGAGUCAUUGAAAACUCGUUUGCCAUGGAACGUCCAAAAUGCUCCAGUGAUUUUGAACUACCAAAGAACCAGAAAAUCGACAUUCUACUGACCGUUGGAGCUCUUUGUUUUGGUGCUGGGUGGGCUUUAGCUGGUGUGUGUCCAGGUACAGGAUUGUUCCUAGCUGCCAGUGGUUGCACUCCAGUCAUCUUGUUCUUUUGGCCUUUGUUCUUUGUAGGUGCCUUUGUCGCUCAAGCGAUUGAUGAUAGGUCUUGGUGCAUCAAUUCUUGCAGAAGAUGA